AGUGCCGCCCGACGUACCUACGUGUAUUGUAUGGAAAUAAAUAAUUGCCCCCCGUAUUCUUCUUUUGACGAGCUCUCCGGCGGGUCCAUUAUGUCCGUUUGAGCGUAAACGGUGGCAUUCGGACGCCAGUGGCGACGUCCUCGGUCGCCUGCGUCCUGCGUCGCGCUCCGCACAACACCACGACAAUAUGAACACCUCCGAUCGAGAUGGGAUACUCCGCAACUGCACGCCGCCGGCCAUCGACGACUUUCCAGCGGGGCUGUUCACGGAGCAGCAGCGGCAGCACGGCGCCAUCGUCCUCCAUGCACUCAUCUCCAUCUACCUCUUUGUCGCUCUCGCUGUCGUUUGCGAUAAGUUCUUCGUACCUGCCGUGGGUAAAAUAUGUCAAGCGCUGAACAUGACUAACGACGUUGCCGGCGCGACAUUUAUGGCGGCGGCCACUUCUGCACCUGAGCUUUUUGUGAAUGUGAUAGGCACAUUCAUCACUGAAGGCGAUAUUGGUGUGGGCACCAUUGUCGGUUCUGCUGUAUUCAAUAUUCUUGCCGUAGCUGCAUGCUGUGGUAUUGGAGCUGGAAUGGUAGUGCCUUUAGAUUGGUGGCCUUUGACAAGAGAUUGCCUUGCAUACGGAAUUACAGUGUCAAUACUAAUUUGUAUUAUGCACGACGAAUAUGUACAGUGGUAUGAAGCAUUUUUACUUGUUCUUCUAUAUGGAGUUUACAUUUGUAUUAUGUAUUACGACAAAUCGAUUCAACAUUUUGCUAGAGCAAGCUGGAGGUUUAUGUCAAAUGUAUUGCACAAAAAAGAUGAGAAACAGGACAGCUUAGAAAAUGAAGUUAAAAAUGUUAAGUCUUCUCCAUCGAUUAAUAAAAACGAUUUAGAUAUGGAAUAUCACCAACGUAAUGGAAAUAUAAAAACUACCUUAUCUCCUUACCCAGACAUCAAUGAAAAGAAUUGUGAAAUUGAGUCAUCGCAAAUAGAGAAAACGUCACUGGGCGAAAUUGGAAAAUCCAUAAAUAAUGAUGUUGAAACUAGAACUAUCGACAUGGAUAUUGUCAAUCCAGAAGAUAAUGUCAAUCAGUCAAAUACAGACGAAAUUAAAGAAGCAGGUGAUGAUUAUGAGCACUCACUUUGGAAGUGGCCGACAGGUAGAAGUUGUCUUACAAAGACUACUUGGAUUGUGACAUGGCCCAUUCACUUAAUUUUCUUAUUUACUAUCCCAGACUGCGAAAAGCCUCGAUUUAAGAAUUGGUUCCCGUUGACGUUUAUGAUGUGUAUUGUAUGGAUAGGUUCGCUUUCUUACAUUGUUGCCUGGAUGAUCACUAUUAUCGGAGAUACAUUAAUGAUACCAGAUUCCGUAAUGGGAAUCACGUUCCUUGCCGCUGGUACGUCUGUACCUGAAGCAGUUUCCAGCGUUAUUGUAGCUAAACAAGGUCAUGGAUCCAUGGGAAUAAGUAAUUCAAUUGGAUCAAAUACAUUUGAUAUUCUUUUAUGCUUGGGACUGCCAUGGCUCAUUAAAGCGUCACUAACUCCAGCAGAGCCGGGACACUAUUGGGUGAAGAUUAACUCAAUGGGCUUGGAGUACUCGGCGAUAUCUUUAUUGUCUACACUACUCUUGCUGUAUUUGACAUUUUGGUUCAACAAGUUCAAGCUGGACGCGGCCGUCGGUCGUGCAUGUCUCGGCAUGUACGCCAUGUUUUUGGUGCUCGCUACCUUAAUUGAGCUGAAUGUUUUCUUCCCCGUUAACAUGCGUACGUGCAAGAGAACGGAACUGAAAUCCUAAUCUAGUGUCUAAACGAAAAUUGAAAAUGAACUAUAAAAUUAAUGAACGGUGGUAUCUCUAGUAGUAAACAGUGCGUAAAAUACACCAAAUAGUAGUGCCUAAUAAGCUUUUGAAAUUAAGGUAUAAUUAAACUUUUAUUUAAAUUUGCGCUGCCCAAUACAGUUU